UAGAGGUUCAAAAUUCUUUAGCUCCAGUUUUUGACACAGCUCUUUCCUUUGUUGAUUUUUGACUUUUUCAUUUUUUGCAUUUCUGUGGAUCAUCUUCUGGACUUUUGCCUCUUUUUCCAGGACUCCACAGUUCUCUAUCGCUUAUUUUCAGUCAGCUUCUGUUAACACUUCUGUUCUUAAAAGAUGUCUUCCCAAGUCAGACUGAGGCUGCUGCCAAGAGCAAGGUGUCUGUUUGACGAACCCAUUAAGGUGAAGGUGGAAGGGUUGAGGUCCAGACAGGUGGUCACCAUGAGAGCCAGAUUAACUGACGAUAAGGGAGUGGUGUUCAGCUCCUCGGCUACCUACAGAGCUGAUGGCAGUGGGGAGGUCGACCUGAACAGAGAUCCCUCACUUGGUGGGACAUACGUUGGAGUAGAACCUAUGGGUCUCCUGUGGUCCAUGAGGGCACAAAAGUCUCACAAAAAGUUUCAAAAGGCAACAUCUCUGAAGCCUCAGUUGGUGAAUUUUUCUGUGCAUGAGGGGGAAGGCAGGAUACUGGCAGAAGAGACAAAUGAGAGGAUUCUGAUUGGGGAUGGUGUCAGUCGGGUCCCUGUCCAAGAGGGGAACAUUAGUGGAGUCCUGUUCACUCCUCCAGGAGGUGGUCUGUUUCCUGCUGUCUUGGAUAUAUUGACCUUUAAAUCUGAGACAAGAGCCAGUCUACUGGCCAACAAAGGCUUUGUGGUCCUCGCUAUAAGUCUAGUCGAAGGCAAAUUUGAAAGUUUUGAACAUUAUCCACGGUUUCAUCUCGACCACUUUAAAGAAGCAAUAGAUUUCUUAAAACAGCAACCUAAGGUGGACAGUAAAGGAGUUGGCAUAAUAGCAAAAUCAAAGGGAGCAGACAUUGCACUCUCCCUUGCUACCUUUGUGCCAGGUAUCAAGGCCGCAGUAAGCAUCAAUGGCUGCAGUGCCAAUGUGGGCAUUCCUCUCUAUUACAAGAAACAGCAGAUUCUCUCACCAUUACAGUACGACUUCAGUAAGUUGAUUACAAGUGAGUCAGGUACCAAUAUUGUAAAGUACAUUUUUGAAGACCCCCUGGCAGAGAAGAACAAGGGCAGCCUGAUCCCUAUUGAACAAGCAAAGACUCAUUUGCUCCUUGCAGCUGGAGAGGAUGACCACAACUUUGACAGCAAGAGAUACAUGGACCAGAUGGUGGAGAGACUGAAGCGUCAUGGAAAGGAGAACUUUGAGAGUGUGUCUUACCCUGGGGCUGGACACUUGCUGCAGCCACCUUAUAAACCCUUCUGCCCUUCUUGUGCACAUGGACUUUUUCCCUUUAUAGGCUCAUGGGGAGGUGAACCCAAGGCACACGCAGCAGCUGAGGUCCACCUGUGGAAGAAGAUCCAGGAGUUCUUCAGAACUCACUUGAGUUGUGAUGCGGCACAGACUAAAGCCAAGUUAUAACUUCAGGAUGAUUAAAAAGCUUGAGUUGCAGAAAAAAUAAAUCAUAUUAUUAAAUAUUCAGCAGCUCUUACUGUUGUUUCGGUCCUCAGACACAGGAAACAGGCACUCCUUAGCUGCUGCAACCACCCACUCCUGCAGCUUCACCAUUAUUAAGUACACAGAGAGGAAAAAGGAUCAUUAGGCUUAGGGCUGGGCAAUAUGGCCUAAAAUCCGUAUCACGGUAUAAUCUGAAGCAUGUGCGGUAACGAUAUAUAUCGCAAUAUAUUCUUUUCCUCUGUAUAACGUAUUUUCCGCACUAUAAGGCACACUUAAAAUCCUUUAAUUUUCUCAAA